AUGCGCUUCAGUCUCGCACUUCCUCUCGCCCUCCUGGGCCUCACAACCACAGUUGCCGCUGCGCCUUCACAGUCACCCAACGGAGCGUCACCGCCAGUCAUCGCUAAGCGCGAAGACACCAAGUACUUCCACGAGCCCUGCUGCGGUGAGGAGCUGGGCCACUACGACAUCCGCUACUUCAAGGAGGCCGUCCCUUACAACGAACACCGCGUUGUUCUGCGCAACCUCAUCCGCUCCUACCUCACCAUCACCAAGAAGCUCAAUGUCGAGACUUGGCUCGCCCACGGCACACUCCUAGGUUGGUGGUGGAACGGCAAGAUCAUGCCCUGGGACUACGACCUCGACGUGCAAGUGUCCACUGCCACUCUCUACUGGCUCGGCCAGAACAUGAACCGUACCGAACACGACUACGAAUGGACCGACGCUGAAGGCAACCCCCAGAAGGAACGCUAUCUGCUCGACGUCAACCCCCACGGCACUGACAAGGACCGCGGAGAUGGCCAGAACAUCAUCGACGCUCGCUGGAUUAACAUGGCCAACGGCGCUUUCAUCGACAUCACCGGCCUCGCCGAGCGCGACCCCUCUGGCAUGCCCGGCGUCUGGAGCUGCAAGAACUACCACCGCUACCGCACAACCGAUCUCUUCCCCAUGCGCGAGACCGAGUUCGAGGGCGUUCCCGCCAUCAUUCCCUACAGCUUCGAGCGCAUCCUGUCAGACGAGUACGGUACUAAGAGCCUGGUCACUACCGAAUGGCAAGGACACAAGUGGGAACCGGAGCAAAAGGAGUGGCUGAAGGUGCAGGAGUCCUAG